ACCCUCCUACGCCUCCAGGCCCCCCUGUGUCCGCUCACUCGCUGAAAACUGGUCACAAAAAUUUACCCAUGAGUAUCUGUCUCCAUGUUCUUCAGUCAACGAUGCUAUAAACAAGCAUGAAUACAAAUGGCGGGCACCUGUGAUUGUUGUGUGUCACAAGAAGUUAUGAAAUAUAAUUUCAAAGUGCGUGAUGAGUGUAUAAAAACAUAAUUGGUACUAUUACAUCCGAAUAAAAAAAAUUUGUGUGAUUAUUUUGAACAGAAAUAAAUUAGUUGAUGCGACAACGGUAUGCCUCCGCUGUCGGGAGGAUUUGGUGAACAAAUAGAGGAUUAUGAAGUAUUGAACGUACUAGGAAAAGGAGGCUUUGCCAGCGUCUACAGGGCAAAAUGCCUUCGAAGCGGAAUGGAAGUCGCGAUAAAAAUGAUUGACAAGAAGUUGAUGCAGGCUGCAAAUAUGGUAGGAAGAGUUCGUCAGGAGGUGGCGAUACACUCCAGGUUAAAACAUCCAGCUGUCUUAGAAUUAUAUACCUUCUUCGAAGAUGCAAACUAUGUUUAUUUGGUACUUGAGUUAUGUCACAAUGGUGAACUCCAACGAUUCCUCAAAUCACAGAGCUCUCGCGCUCUUCCGGAGGAGCAUGCCAGUCGUAUUUUAAACCAGGUUGUCCAAGGCCUUUUAUAUUUACAUUCACAUCAGAUACUUCAUAGAGACAUGUCCCUGUCAAAUCUACUUUUGACAAGAGAUAUGCAAGUGAAAAUAGCAGAUUUUGGAUUAGCGACACAGUUAACACGUCCAGAUGAAAAGCAUCUAACCAUGUGUGGAACACCCAAUUACAUUUCUCCAGAGGUUGCCACUCGAUCAUCCCAUGGCUUGGAGGCAGAUGUAUGGGGCCUGGGCUGUAUGCUUUACACUCUGUUGGUGGGAAAGCCUCCCUUCGAUACGGAUGCUGUGAAAAGUACAUUGACACGUGUUGUAAUGGCUGAUUAUGCAUUCCCAACAACUUUAUCUGAAAAUGCUAAGGACUUGAUAAAUCGUCUCCUGAAAAAAAAUCCAAGAGACAGAAUACGACUAAGGGAUAUACUUCAGCAUCCCUUUCUCGCUUUACGUGAUAGAAAUCAUAGUACCAAGGAUAAAGGGAGUAUGCCCCGAGGAUUGUCUGGAGUUGAAGGUGGGGAUUCCGGAGUGGGCCGAACAAUGUCUUCCUGCAGCCACCCUCGUCUACGAUCCAGGUCUGAAGAAAGGCUACCGAAUUUUCCUGCUAGUCUAGGACGGUGUCCCACCCCAACACCUACUGCAAGAAGCGAGCCGUAUUAUGAUUACAUAACUGACGUUCAGCCAUCUUAUAAAGCAAAGCCAAAUAAUUACUCUCAAAAUAAUAAUUCAGUGUUAACUGGAAUACCUCAGCCUCCACGCAGCAGGAUGUUCUCAAUGUCUGAGCAACAAAGUAAUUAUGACAUACAGUGGGGAGAAGAUAAUGAAAAAGUUGAUAAACAGCAUAGAAAAAAUAGAGAGAGAAAACAAACUGAGGGUGAAGACGAAGGGAGUAACAAACUCUCUUUAUCACCAUUAAAUUCGAUAAGGCUGCAGGCAACUAGGCAUAGAACGAAGAACGCUGUUCUAACUAUAUUGGAUAACGGAGAAGUGUGCAUUGAAUUUAUCAAACGACGGAAUGGAAAGGAGAAGGUGAGUGAAGUUUGUCGUAUAUCUGGGGAUGGAUUACGUAUAGUCCUUUAUAAAGCUAGUGAUGGAACGAGCGUGGGUAAUGAACCCCCGCCAUUGCCAUCUCGUGGUGCGGACAGUAUUCAUUCAUACGAAACUCUGCCCCAACGUCACCAUCGAAAAUACAUCUACGCAGCUCGAUUCGUGCGGCUGGUCCGAGCCAAGACGCCAAAAUUAACCCUUUACACACCAAAGGCGAAAUGUUUAUUCAUGGAGAAUGGUCCUCAUCCAGACUUUGAAUUACAUUUUUAUAACGGAGCAAAGAUAACUCGGACCGAAGGUGCGGUAAAAGUAAUUGAAGUGCCUGGUGGGCCUACGUAUUCAGAGGAUGACUUGCCCCCAAGAUUGGAAGAGCUUUACGAACAUUACUCGCAAUCGUAUCAACGCUGUUUGCUCUUGGAAUCCACACUGGCAUCUCUGGAGACAGCCACUGGUCAUUCGUGCUUUCCAGCGAUAAUCGGACGGAGGCCAGCUACCGCCUCAAAUGACGCACUCUGCUUAAGAGGAAAAGAAAAUAUAUCACAAAGUGCAACUAGCACACCAAUAAUGCCAUCAUUUAAUGCGAGCUGUUCGGUUGUCUCUACCGUUGCAUCUCGUUCACGGAGGUCAAAUUCCGUCUGCGUAUCGACCAAUAUUACCAACACCAAAAUAUCAAUCCCAGGAGUUGGUGUAGCCACCCAAUUGUCCUCUGGUGAUGUUAGAGUUGACUAUAGUGAUGGGUCGACGCUAACGGUGAGCCCACAAAGUAUGGGAGGCGGGCUGACUUACGAAAGUUGUAGUGGCACUGUGACAAAGUACAAUCAAAAUUAUCAGCAAAAUUCAGAGGUGCCUUCUGCCAUUAGGGAUAAGCUAAGGCAUUUGCCCACCAUCAUAAAACAUCUCAUGCAACCGAAGCAUCGAAAUAUACGCUAAACAGCCCAUGAAAUUUGAGUCUAUAUACAUGAAUUCCGUUAUUUUUAAUAAAUGAAUUAACGUAAAUAGAUAUAUUUAGAUAGAUUAUGUAAGUAUAUACAAUUAUGUAACAUUUUCUUGCGAAAUGAAGAUAUGUAUUUUGAUAUUAUCCAAACGUAUUUAAUCCUCGACUGAAAGUUACGGAAAUAUGGCUUUAUAAAAAUUAAUACUAGCUGUUUCCAGCUAAUUAGAGCCACAGGAACCCAGAAAUCGCAGUUAAAAGAAAUUCCUACUAGCAGUUUCAGAGGUAAAACUUAGUUUUUUGAUUCCCUAGUUGCAGUUUUGAAAUCAUUGAUCGAAGCGUCUUGGUGCGCAAAAACUUUUUAUCGCAGAAUUAAUUUCAGGGUGUCCUUUUUUCACUAACUGCACCCAUGUGAAUUCAGAACUGACAUCCAGAGCGCCGUAGGAUCAACUGCUGCAAAAAUAUGACACCCUUUGUACGUUUUACGGUCGUAACAAUUAGCUGAUUGCUCCCAGCGAUUGCAGGUAAUGUUGAAUGGGUAUCCCUCGCCAAAAUACGCCGGAAUAGCGUCUGAAUUAAUGAUCACAUCAUUAUUCAAAAUCGGCUCAAAUUUAUCGAAAUAAAUUGUAAGGGAUUAGUUUUUUUUUGACGCGAUUUUUGAAGUCCAUAAUUUAAUUGUUCCGAAAUCAAUUUGUUGUACCAUUUCUGUAGUUAAUGAAAUCCGGUGAUUUUUAAAAUAUCUUGAAAACAUAUUCGUAUUGUUAUGUGAUGAUCCAGCUUGACUUGAGAAAGUUUCACACGUUCGUUUACUACGAUUUUGGAAUCCUCCGCAAACUUACAAUGGUACUGUCUCAAACACUUUCCUCAAUUUUUUAUUUUUGCUAUGCCUUCCCAAAAACGGGGGGAAAGUUUUUCUCGUUUUUGCCAUUUGCAAACAAAUUAAUUCUAUCGAUCGGAAGGAGUUGGAUUACGCUUCCCUGCAGCGGUACGGUGCAAAUCUGCAUUUACUAUCCGAACUCCUCGCCUAUUUUUAUACGUAAUAAUUUAGGUAAAAAACUGACUUGUCAUCCUGCAACAUGUUAAAUAAAUGCACCCGCACUCCCAGCUCUGCCUUUGCUGAAUUAUAAUUUUUGUUAUAAAUUAAAAAUAAAUAUUUUCUUGCUUAGAUCUUAACAAUGUAUAUUUUAUAUGUAACAUUUUUUAUCAUUGGUUAUAUAUCGAAUGUAAUUCAAUUCGUAAUUGAAUAAAGCAGUACAAUCCUGAUCAGGCUGCUGUAUGACAAGAAUGUUCGAUCGUGCACAUUGUUAUCCAUUACUUUUUCCAAUCGAAGUUGCAGUGUUGUAAAAUAAUACAUAAGUUACGUAGGGAACACAUUUAAAAGAAGUGAAUAGGCAUUUUAUUCACAAGAGGCAUGUAUAGUUACAGUAUUUCAAAUGAACUGGUUUAUAAUAAUAAUUAGUAUGAUAUAAUAAUUCACCGAUCCAACUACAUAUAGAAGUGCAAGCACAUUGUCGAUAUCGUUAUUAGAACUUGUCCAAGUAUCCAAAUUAAUAUUCAUGCCCAUACCAAUUUCAUUGUUGGGCCAGAUUAAAAAUCUAAUACGUAUGUGUAUACCAUCCCAUUAAGCGACAAGCAGUUAUAAGAUUUAUUAUUAUACAUUUAUUUAUCGCUAAAUAAAUAGUAAAUUUUUCAAUACUAUCUCAUUUUGUGUUCUGCUUUGUUCCAUAGUUUUUUUGCUCACUCACACUUUGAUAUUCUCUGAAGGCAAAGUCGGAAGUUUUUUCACAUCAUUUUUAGCACAGUUUCUUGUAAAUCUGACGUUCAUUUUAUUUUAUAUAUUUGCAACGUUAAGCUGGUGAUGUGUGAUCGAACUUCUCAAAUGAAACUUAAGUUACUUCAAAUUUCUUACAGACAAUCCGACAAUUUUCAAAUUUCAUUGAAACUUCGCCAUUGGUACGAUCAUUAGGUUUAUAUAGACAGAUAAAAAUUGAUUCUGUAUCGAUCAUCAUCGCGAUGUAAUUUUUAACGAACUUGCCUGUCAGAAAUCAACUCGGGACUCACAGCGCAAACGAUGAUUUCACCUAAGAAAGUUCCACAUAAUUAUAUUACGUUAGGUAUUGUCUCCAAUGGGAUAUUAACUUGCUUUCAAACUUUAGCGCAAUGAUAUUUCAAUAUUUCAUUUCAUUUAUUCUAAGCCUGUACGUCGCAGGACACAACCGAAGUUUCAAACCCCGAAACAUGUAAAUGCGUUCGCCAAAUUCCUAUCCAACUCCACAACGAUGUAUUAUAUUGAAUUUGCGUUUUAUAUUUACUUUUCGCCUGAAAUGAUGGCGUCUGAUUACCGUCGUAUCUAUUUUGUCGUCAGCGAGCUUUCUUGAAUAUUAUUUUUUUUAUUAACGUCGCUUCAUCACAGUGAUAUUUUACUGAUUCAAAAAAUUUGAACUAAAACAGAAUACGGGAUUCCCUUUUUUAAAAUGAGAUUCAUGCUUAUUUUACACCUACCCUAAGAACACAAAGCGUAUAAUAAAAAUUAACACUUUAAACGCAGGAUUAUAAGGACUAAAAAAAAAAAAAAAAUAUUCACUUAAGUAUGAUAAACAUUUUAAAAUUGUUGAAUUCAGCUAUGAGAAAAGAUAUGAGUUCCAAGCUUACGUCGAGCAUUCCGUGCCAGAUUUUUGAGGAACUGCAAAAUGUGAAAAUUGAAAC